AUGCCCAAGAGGAUAUUGAUAUCUACGUUGAAGACGUUCCGUGCAGUGGAAACAAGGUUGUGCUUGUACCACACAAAGCUGAGAAGUGUUACACGUCGGUUGUACAACAUCAAGCCCAACGUUGGCCUCGACUGUAUGACAACGCUGUGUUGCUCGACAUGUGCACUACAGCAGGGCGGGCAAUACGGUCCAGGAGGAUCUGCUCCUGUCUACAACUAUGAACUUCCAUUCGAUGAGAUGACCAUUGCUGGCUCGGAAGUGAAGAUGUAUUCAGAGAUUCAGCAGAUGCGUCUCAACAUAGAUGCGUUCGGCAAUGGGCCGUGGAACAAUGCAAAGCUUGCUCCAACAUCAAGGAAGACGGUGCUGAAGCCCGUACCAGUCUCUCAGCAGCUUCUGAUCCAAGACUUCACCAAGUCAUACACUUAUGACUUUGCACCUUACAUUGAGAUCGAGCCUCCCCCGGAUUGCUUCCCUGGAAAAGACUUCACGACGGUGAUCCCAUACUAA